GCUUGUUAGACGAGCACGAUUGAUUUAGACAACAUGUUUGCAUCCUCCCUCACCGCUCCUCGCCCAGUGAAGCCUCACCGCUCCUCGUCCAGUGAAGCCUCACCGCUCCUCGCCCAGUGAAGAGCAUCUGUCUCAUCGGGCAAAGUCAAGCAACAUUCCCCCACUACAUGCUAGUGUUCAAUCGCAAAGCCCCUCAUCUUCAGCCUGGCAUCAUGCCAUGCGACAUGGUACCGGUCGCCAUGGUAUUCCUCGCCACUAUAUUCGACGCAUCGCCAUGACGGCGUCCACGUAUCGAAAACCUGGGAGAAGAGUCGAUUCAACCGCUCGAGCACGCAGGGUGAAAAAAAUGGGGAGAAAGGUGGUUGCUGAGCUGCUCAGUACGCCCCGUGAGCAACCAGAUCGCCAAUCAAACAAGUCGUCCUGCAGAACAUCCCUUGUAUAUUCACUGCAUCAGCGCCCCAUAUGCAGUUCAAGCCCCUUUGCUCGUAGAUCCAUCAGGAUCAGAACUCUAUGCUACGUCAUCGUCGUUGCUCAUACACAAACUGCGAGUUAUGCGAUGGCGACUUCGUCCGCAGGCACGCAACAGACCGGGAGAAUCGGGGGUGGUUGGAACACUGGAAUGACAAGGACCCGAGGUCGAGCAAUGAGACUUCUAAUCAAUGCACGCGUCAAGUUCUCCUGUAAAGGAAAUUUUCAAAUCAUAGGAACCGUCACUUGUGAUUGAGUAGAUGUACGAUCAGGGUCAGGAAUAAGCCCAAAGAUGUUGAAACAACUCGAAGACAUGCGAACUUGUAUCUGUGACAAAUGCCCCAAUAUCAUACAUCCCAUCGCAAAAUGUCCGGGGUAUCAUGAUGCCAAACGCCAUGCAAUGCAAUGCUCCUCCCGAUUCCAACAGACAAAGAGAUGACAUAUUUAAACG